AUGUUCGCUAAGAAGCUAAACCCCUUCACAAAGAAGCAACCACAACACGUCGUCGUUUCUUCGAUUUCAAACGCGAAUACAAAGAAGCUAUGGAGGCUUCCGCACGUGUUCUCCAGAAUGCUCGAGCUUCCUUUCCCUUCAGACGCCGAUGUUUCGAUCGAAGAAACAGCGCAGUUUUUUCGAUUCGUUACUUCAUGCAACCAGACGAAUAUUUUUCUUUCCGGUGGUGUGUGUGCUCACGCAAUCGAGAUUCUUCCGGGGAUAACUAAAAUUGUGAUAAAGAGACUCGAUGGUGGCGAUGUAGUGGUGCCCGGUCAGCAGGAGAGACGGUCUUCUUUUAGUCUUGAUUUAUGGCGAUUUCGGCUUCCGCCUUGCACGCAGCCGGAGAGAGUUACCGCCGUUUGCAUCGGUGGGAAGCUGGUAGUGACGGUUCCGAAAACCAAAGGAUAG